AUCAAAAUACAGAGUGUGUUGCAUGUGCCAUUAUGUAGAGACAGACAGUCCCCCGCAGGCAAGCUUUUAUAGAUUCUCAUCAUCUUCGUCCCAUUUCCCAAUUCAAAUUCUACAUUAAUCCCUGCUUUCCAAUUCCCAAAGCCGAAUAAAUCACUCUCCCCUCUCCAACUAUGUCAGUGUACGUACAAGUUUAGAGGUAAAUACAAUAGUGAUAUACCUCAAAAGGUCCAAACCCCAAAAAGGAAUCGACCCUUUUUCAUUCUUUGGCUUUUCGCCUUUGCUUCUGUUGCUGCUUUGGGGUGGUAAAAUGCCUGAGAGAAUUACAGCUGAGGAUCUUCUGAACAACUUUGUGGAAUCAAUUGCUGAUGGUCUAUCGAAGCAGAAGUCUCUGUCGAAGCAGACUUCAGGGUCCUUCUUUGAACUGGAGAAAUCAAGUUCAGUUAAUGCUCAGCUCAACAGGCUAUUUGGCCGUCAAAAGCCAGUACACCACAUUUUAGGUGGAGGCAAAUCUGCUGACGUCCUGUUAUGGAGAAAUAAGAAAAUCUCAGCUGGUGUUUUAGCCAGUGCCACAGCCAUCUGGGUGCUAUUUGAGUGGCUGAACUACAAUUUUCUUUCGCUUUUAUGCUUUGCUCUUAUCAUUGGUAUGAUUGUUCAGUUUCUUUGGAAAAGUGCUUCUGGCGUGAUGAACAUCAGGUCUCCAGCUAAAGUCCCUCGCCUUGUUUUACCUGAUGACCUUUUCAUCAGCAUUGCCAAGUCAAUAGGAGUUGAAUUAAACCAUGCUUUGGGCUUCCUUCAAGAUGUUGCCUGUGGGACUAACAUCAAACAAUUCUUAGUGGUUGUGGUGGGCUUGUGGGUUGCUGCUAUUAUUGGAAGCUGGUGCAAUUUUUUUACUGUUCUGUACAUUGGCUUUGUUGCUGCGCAUAUGCUUCCAGUGCUGUAUGAAAGGUAUGAUGAUCAAGUUGAUGGCUUUGUAUAUAAUACCCUCGAAAAGUUUCGAGGCCAUUACCAAAAGCUGGAUCGUGGUUUCCUUAGCAGAUUCCCCACGGGCAAAUUCAGGCUAAAGAAGUUUGAAUAGGUUAGUCAGCAUAAAAACGAACGUGUAUGCAGAAAGUAUGAAAAUGCAUUUCCUGCAUAGGAAGCAAAAUGCUGCUUUUGAGCUUAGAAUUAGUCAAGUUUUAAUGGCUGGAUUAAUUCAAAAGAAAAGACAAUGUAUCGAACUUUAUAUGGCAUCGGAUAAACUUUAUAUGUUCGAAUACUGUUGGUGGAUAUGACAUUUUGAAAAUAAGUUGCUUCUUA